AAACAAAACACAAGAAACCCCCCCCCCCCAACAAAACUACUUCAGGGAUUACGCUGGCUCUCUUCCUAGCUGUGACGGAGAAGACGAGCGGCCAUGGAUUUUCUCAAUCGAAACUAUUUGAGCGCGCACGGCCCGUACGACUACACCUUUAAUUUCUGGAACGACUACCUCGGCCUGUCCACGCUGGUGACGAAGAGCAGCAAGCUGAGCAUGCCGCCCAACCCCAACUCCAUCACCGAGUCCCUCAAGGCCACGCUGGGCCUGGACGACGCCGCGGCGUGCCCGACGUGCGUCAUCGCGGGCAGCGGCGAGGGCGCGCACCUGAUGAUGGACUGCUGCUGUCCGUCCGGCAGCCCCCCGCCCUCCUCCAUCAUGGAGCUGAAGGAGAGGUUCUCCAUUCUCAGCCCCUUCCACGGCCAGCUGCCGGAGCGGGACACGGCGGGCCUGGCCGGGUUCGACCUGUUCGGCGUGGAGCGCAAGAUGCGCAAGCCGGGCUCCAGGAGCAAGCAGGAGCCCAAGAUCUGCGUCUUCUGCAGAAACAACGGCGCGCCCGAGGAGGUGUACGGCUCCCACGUGCUGAAGACCCCCGACGGGAGGGUGGUGUGCCCCAUCCUGAGGGCCUAUACGUGUCCCCUCUGCAGUGCCAACGGGGACAAUGCCCACACCAUCAAGUACUGUCCGCUGUCCAAGGAGCAGCCGGCCCAGCGGCCGCUGAAGGGGGGCAGGGCGGUGGGGGGCAAGAGGAUGAAAAUAUUCUGAGCGGACGAACUUCACGAGUCGGAUGGAUUGCACUGAACAUUAUUGCCCCCCCACCCCCCACCAACAACCCCCCCCCCACCACCCGGAUGACGGUUUGUUUUGUUUCGGCUCUGUGGCCUUUACCCCGGUUUGUUCUUCCCUCGAGACCUCUCAUUAUAUAUUUUUAUAGUUCCUUUACCGCGUAGAUAAGCGUGCUGCUUCAUACAGCUUGGUUUAUUUGUUGCUAGUUUGUAGCCAAUGUGCGCGUGUGCAUACAGAUACACCUGUAUCCAGAAUCACAAAGCGGGAAGAAUGAAAACAACAAAACAAACAAAAAAAAAAAAAAAGAAGAAAGAAAGUGUUUUGGUCGCGUAGGGAGACACGCCGACGACGCGGCGCGGGGCUGUCGCGUUUCCCGCGGGUCGCGUGUCCGUCGCGUGUCCGCGGCGCGCCGCCGUUUCAUCCCCUCGUCUUAGGAAACCAAAGUUAUGUUUUUGCCAUUAAAGCUGAAGAAUGUGUCAUCCCACCAACCAGAGGCGGCGUGCGCCUAAACCGGAGAGCCGGGUCUCUGAUCCGGACUCCUCGUCCGCCUGCCCCCACCACCACCACCACCCCCCCCCCCAAAAAAAAACAACAAACACAAAAAGAGUCCACGACGUGUUUUCCAACCUGCUCCAAAGUCGACAUUCAAUCUGUGUAGCAGAAAGAGAGAAAAGGGGAGAAAAGAGGAGGAGAAAAAAAGGAAAACAGCGAGACAAUGCAGCCUCUGUUUACGGCCCAUGUUCUCUGGGGGGACGCUGAGAUCCACUGCUGCCAAGCCAAACCUCGGUCCGGGCCAGCGAGACCGGCAGAGACGUUAGCUUAGCCCGGAUGAGAGCGCGAGAGAGCGCGAGAGAGAGAGCGAGCGAGCCUAACCUGCAUGUUGAUGUUUACAUUCCCAGAAAGGAGGGCGACACACUGGAUUAAUUCUCCCCUGGGGUAUCUCUUCCUCCCUCCUCCUGUCUCUCCUCCGCCCCUCUUCCUUCUGCCCUGACAACGUCUCACCCGCAAGCAUCCUCUCCGCAGUCAGAAGCUGUCACUUUGGGGGUUAAAUAGAGAAGGAGAAGGUGGAGCGGUGCAGCGCCGCCGCGGAUUAAUUAGCCCAGGAGGUUUAUAGUCUUCUUUUUCUUUUCAAAGACCCCCCUCCCC